ACCUGCACGUUCGCCAUAUUUUCAACCCUGUGCGUCCCGCAGCCCGGUGAACCCGCAAGUUGAGCGACACAAACCUCCACGCAGCGCUGCACAAAGUGUGACCCGUGUGUUUGAGACUGAUUCGGGACUUCUGCGCUAUCUUCCCCGCCGAGUCUGCCUCUUCGCUCUGCAGCCAUGAACAUCUUCAGACUGACAGGAGACCUCUCUCAUCUGGCUGCUAUCAUCAUCCUGUUGCUCAAAAUAUGGAAAAGCAGGUCGUGUGCAGGUAUCUCUGGGAAGAGCCAGAUUCUGUUUGCGCUAGUGUUCACCACUCGCUACUUGGACCUGCUCACCUCCUUCAUCUCCCUGUACAACACAUGCAUGAAGGUGAUCUACAUCGGCUGCUCGUAUGCCACGGUCUAUCUGAUCUACAUGAAGUUCAGGGCCACCUACGACGGAAACCACGACAGCUUCAGAGUGGAGUUCCUGGUUGUUCCUGUCGGAGGUCUCGCUGUUCUCAUCAACCACGACUUCUCUUUCCUAGAGAUCCUUUGGACGUUCUCCAUCUACCUGGAGUCGGUGGCGAUUCUGCCCCAGCUCUUCAUGAUCAGCAAGACGGGUGAGGCUGAGACGAUCACCACCCACUACCUGUUCUGCCUGGGCCUGUACCGUGCCCUCUAUCUCUUCAACUGGAUCUGGCGUUUCUACUUUGAGGGCUUCUUUGACAUGAUCGCCAUUGUGGCCGGCGUGGUCCAGACUGUCCUCUACUGUGACUUCUUCUACCUUUAUGUCACCAAAGUGUUGAAAGGCAAGAAGCUGAGCCUGCCGGCGUAGAAACAUCCAGCAGGCGACUCCCAGCAGACUCAGGGGGUGUGGAGAUGACAUCGUGGAAUCUCGUUACCUAUAGCAACGGAUGGAUGCCUGAGCCAGAGAGCCAACUAUUGGGGAAAAACACUAGUCUUGAUGAUGGAACUGGUAAAUGCCAACAAACACCAGAGCUGAACAAAGAUCAUCCCAGAUCAACCUUUGGAUUUCUGUGUUCAGCAUCUUGCCUUAAGCUUUUUUUUUCAUCGCCGUUCAAAUAGGAGAAAAGGCCUUUUGUGUUUUGUUUUUUUUUUUUAAACGUGAGGUGCAUACGCUUAUAUUUUUUUCAUUUUUAAAUUUUUUUAUAAUGUUACAAAUAGCAUCAAUAAUGAGAAGUACCUUGUUUGACUUGGUAUCGAAAUGCACAAAAAUGUACAGUCUUAUUAAAGAGCGCGAUAAAGAGUAAUGUAUCCGAGUGCCUGAUGAAGAUUAUGUCAGUUUCUCACCGUAUUUGUUUUUUCAUCUUUUAACUUUUGCAUUGUUUUGUCUCGGUAAUUGUAUGCAUAUACUGUAACACGUGUACCCUGUCUUAAAACGUUUUAAAGAGGCCAAAAAGAGUUUCACACCGACACGCUCGUCAUUUUGUGAUGCUGCUUUCUAAAAAAAAAAAAAAACCGUAAAAAAAAAAGUCAACAUUUUAACAAGUUAGUCGUCUAAAAGUUCAGACUCUUUUUGUAAACAGAAGAGGAUUUGAAGUGUGAUCUUACCAUUUCACGGAAGAAAUGAAUGCCAGCAAUCACUUUGUCACGGGUGUCUGUUUUCUCACAUGGUGGCUAUCUUAUGAUCUGAUUUGGAGUUAAGUUUAAGAUGCGUUUACUAACCUCCCUACCCUUCUACAGCUUUAAUAUAGAUUUAAAAUAGAUCACAUUUUGGAUGUCGAUAGAGCACAACAACUGUUUCUGCACCACAGCACCAGACUCACCUUCCGGCCGCGACUCGUCGGUUGAGGGUGAGGCGAUUUAAAAUGAGGAUAAAGCAAUAAUGAAUGAGUGAACAACAACGUUUGUGGGAUAAGAACUGUUUCUAUAUUCGACCUGAGCGUCCUCCAGGACUGACUGUCUGGAGAGUUCAUCACAUGCUAUGGGUGGUGGUGGUGUUCACUGGGUGCAUUUCUAUUAAAGGCCUCUUGUCAACUUCUCAACUCAAAGCAGCCAUUCCUAAAGUAUUAUUUCAAAUUUUUAUGUCUUUUUUUUUUUUUUUUUGCAUGAUAUCACCUCCAUUAAAGAUUUUAUGAGAAUCAC